AUUCCUUCCUCGCAACACCAAGAGAUAAAUUGGCCGUUCUAUGUAACGUAUAUAUUACAUGACUUUGUCUCAUCUCGCGUUAGUAGCUUUGUGGAUUUUGAGGUUAAUUAAACCGUACAUGUUUAUAAUAAAAUAUGACGGAUAAAAACGAUUACAGUAUACAGCUAGAUCCGGAAACAAAAAUGCAUUGUACGUUGCAUUUGUUCAAAAAUGUAGAAAAUACUGGUGAAAUAAGAAGAAAAGUUAUGUCUGGUGAUGUUGCAUGUUGCAUCUUAAAACCUACAUACAUAAUAGAUCCAUUUCAGAUUGUAAUAGCUGCCAAUAAAGCGGCUAUUAAUGAAAGUUGUAAUCGGUUAAUUACAAAAAACAAAUAUACGGAGAUUCUAUUUUAUCUUUCAAUGAGCAAAAAUAUAUCAAAAUCGUUAAGAGACUUUGGAGCAAGCGACAACGACAAGAACAUGUUGGUUGUAACGAUUCACGAAGGAGAGAAAGAAAAUUCUCUCUCAAAAAUGAUCGUCGAUAAUGUAAAAGGGGAAAGAUUGUCGUUGAUGGAGCUAAAAGAAUUGACAGAUUUGGAAGUUGCAAAGAGAUAUUAUAAAAUUGAUAAAGAGGAACUAAAUGUAUCGAGUUGUAUAGAUUCGAUAAUAUCUAGGAUAGCUUGCAAAGACUUUUCGUCGAAAUAAAAAAUAAGUGAGAACGAGAGAAAAAAAUCGUUGGAUCGAGAAGAAGUAUUAAAUGUCAUCGAGAAUGCGCGUCAUAGAGAUUUACGAAAUGUCAAAAAAAUAAAACGCAGAAUCCAAAAUA